GUGCUCUCAAAGCCCCCCGGCAAGUGGCGCACGGCGCUCUGCCUGGUGGGCGGCGCGCGCGACUUCGAGCUCACGUGGCCGUCCAUCCUCACGCGCCUGCUCCCCACGCUCCCCUCGCCGUCCCUCUUCCUCCACUCGCCCCUCGACGAAAACUCCUUCAAGCUCUGGAGCGCUGUAUGGGCCAAGAAGAAGUGGCUUGCAGGCGUGCGAGUGUUCGCGAGCACGUGGGUGAAUGGCACGGAGUACGGAGGAGGCACAGUGCUGCACGACCAGUACUCCCCGCAGGGGGACCAGGGCAUGCUGCAGUACCUGCGCCUCGUCGAGGGCUGCGUGCCGCUCAUACAAGCGUAUGAAACAAGGCAUGCAAUGCGGUUCGACUGGGUGGUUCGGUCGCGCGUGGACACGUUUUGGGCGAAGCCUCCGCCGGUGCUGAGGAGCUUUGAGGUGGACAAGUAUACGAUCCCGUGGGGCACGGACUGCAUGGGGCUCAAUGACCGGUUUGGCGCCGGCACGUGGGAGACCUCGGCGCCUGCUCUGCACCGCCUCAGCAUGCUGCAUGACCUGGGCCGGCGCGGGUACAGGAACCUCAACUCGGAGAGCGGCUUCAAGGCGCAGCUGGAGGUGGCGAACGUGUCCCUGGGGCGGGCGGACCUGCCCUUCUGUGUGAUGAGCCGCCGCGUGUAUCCGCACAGCAUGAUGCCCGUCGCCGCCCUCUCCUCCUCCGCGCCGCUCAAUGGCGCCAAGUGCCGGCCCUGCGUACCCUCACACACAGGCUACGAGACCGCGCACCGGCUGCAUUACUUUGCGCCCAUGUCACACAUCGGGCGGCCGCUGCGCAACCAGCGGCUGUACGGGCGAGGCAUCGACCUGUGCAACGAGCGCGAGCCGUGGGCCAGCAACUGGACGGCCGUCUUUGACGCAACGGUGGGCGAGAAGCUGGGCGCCAUGCGCCGCGCCAUCAUGGCCGUGCAGGAGGACGUCAAGGAGUGCACGCGGAGCUUCGCUCAGAUGACUCGAGUGGCGGAGGCAUGGCAGGGGCCGGCAGCGGAGGCGGUGUGUGUGCGCAUGAGCCUGGGGCCCAUGGUCAAGGUGGGCGGCCAUGGCCGCUCCUUCCCCACCGCCCUGCAACCACUCACCAACGCCAGCCAGGUGUUUGCGAUGAGUGAGGGUGCUGAUGACACGGCAUGGGAAAGUGCAAUGGAGGAAUCGAUAUCAGGCCUGUCGGUGCAGCACCUGGACCACCUCCCUGCCUCGCCCACAUCUCCCAUGGUCAUACUCAAGUUGUCCCUCACCGGGGCGCACCUAGCAUCGGUGCAGCAGUGGGUGGUGAAGCGCGCCCCCCCUCCCAUCUGCCAACUCCUGCUCGCGUUCCCCGACGCUGGUGGCGGGGCGAGGCUGAGGGAGAAGUACGUGACAGGGCUGGCCAAGAUAGGGUUUCACCUGGCGGAGUGUGUGCAGGAGGACCAGGCUCCUGUGGACCGCUGCUGCUUCUUCUCCUCCACACACUGUUUCUGA